UUCCAUACUACAUGACAAUGACACAUCCUUAUCAUAAUAUUUUGUAUGCAAGUCGAAGUAAAUAAAUAACUUAGCUAAUGAAUUAAAAAUUCACGAGCGUGUUUUAGGUAGAAAUCAUGUCUGGCAAUAAGCUAGACGUCCUUUGGUCGCCGAUUCAUCAUGAUAAAUUCAUUGUUUGGGGCCAGGAUAUAACCUUAUACGAUGUAGCUCGUCUUCAGGAUAUCGAAAAGAAGUCUACUUUUACUCAGCUAUCUUCAGCGAGAGGCGCAACUGUGGUUGCAUCCCAGAGUGCGAGUGGAGUAAGAUGUGUGGAUAUAAGUGCUAUUGUAGAACACCCUGAUCCAUUACUAGCACUGGGUCAUGCCAGUGGUCGAGUCACAUUAACUAGUCUCAAACAAACUUAUGACCCUUUGGGAUUGGUAGGAAGAGAAUUUGUGGCCAGAUAUCCCAGACCAUGCAUCUCUGUAGCAUGGAAUCGAACAGAGACAAACCUGCUAGCGGCUGGAAUGGACAAGCAUCGCAGUGAUCAUUGCAUUUUGUUGUGGGACGUGCAGUCAUCUGGUACUGAUGAUUAUGAUGAAGGUGUGUCACACGCUGCGUCAGAACCUGCGCGACCGAUCGCCGAGCUGGGCAUGGGCGAAACGGCACACAGCGUGUCUUGGUGCGGGUUCGCGCCCCGGACACUCGUCGCUUCCAUGAAUUUAAAACACAUUAAAAUAUUCGACCUCCGAGAGCGCGGCGACAAGGCCAGCGCCACGGCGACGAGCCGGCAGUGCCUGGGCGCGGCGUGCGAGCCGGCGGGCUGGCGCCUGGGCUCGCGCGGGGAGGCGGGCGCGUGCGUGUGGGACGCGCGCGCGCUGGCCCGCCCGCUGCUGCUGCUGCCCACGCCGCGCCCGCCGCGCCGCCUGCUGUGGUGCCCCACCCGGGCAAAUUUGCUGAUAUCUUUACAGCGCGAUUCAAGCACAUUGCGCUUACACGACAUACAGCAGGUACAUGAGUCCAAGUUGCAUCCGUCGUUGGACAGCGUUGAGGGUGCUAUAGAACGCGCGUGUGUCCGCCAGGCGCCUGCGCCGGCGCCGGAGGAGGCGGAGGCGGAGGCGCCGGCGGGCGGGGCGCUGGAGCGCGACGUGGCCGUGUGCGGCGCGCCGCUCGCCGCCUUCGCCUGCCACCCGGCGCAGCGGGCGCGCCUGCUCGUGCUCACCGCGGCCGGCGCGCUGUGCGAGUACACGGUGGCGGAGCGCGUGGCGCCGGCGUGGGGGGCGGGCGGCGAGCUGGCGUGGGCGGGCGGCGGGGCGCUGCGUCGCAUGGCGCCCGCCUUCUACGCGCACGAGCGGGACAUCUCGCACGUCAUGCGGGCGCGGGCGCGCGCCGAGUACGGGCUUAAGCCGGACCUCUGGCAGAACGCCGACCUGGCCGACGACGAGGCGCUCAGCGGGGUGUGGCACUUCCUGGCGCUGAGCAAGUCGCUGGUCGAGGACGGCUGCAUCCGCGCCGGCGCCGGCAAGCACCCCGGCGUGCGCGCCGUGCUGCGCUCGCCGGGCGAGGGCUACCGCUCGGAGGCGGCGGCCACGCUGCUGCCCGACCUGCCCAGCCGCAAGGUGACGACGUUCCGCUCGGCCGAGCGCACGCGCGCGCUGCAGCUGUGCGGCUGGGGCUGGGGCUGGGACGGCGCGGGCGCCGGCGUGGAGCGCGCCGAGGCCGAGGGCACGCCGUGCCGCGCCGCCGCGCUGGCCGCCUUCCACCUGCGCCUGCGCGCCGCGCUGGACGUGCUGGGCCGCGCGCGCGCGCCGGCGCUGCGCGUGGCGGCGCUGGCGCUGGCGCCGUGCGGGGGCGCCGGCGCGCCGGACGAGCGCCUGUGGCGCGAGGCGCUGGCGGCGGCGGCGCCCGCGCUGCCCGACCCCUACCUGCGCGCGCUGCUGCACUUCCUGGCCGCCGCGCUGCCGCCCGCCGCGCAGCACCAGCCCGACUACUCGGCCGUGCUCAACGAGACGGAGAUGCGGCUGGAGGACCGCGUGGCGUUCGCGUGCAUCUACCUGCCGGACGGCGCGCUGCACGAGUACGUGUCGCGGCUGUGGGCCGGGCUGCGCGAGCGCGGCUCGCUGGCGGCGCUGCUGCUGUCGGGCGUGUCGGCCGAGGGGCUGGGCGCGCUGCAGCGCUGGCUGGAGCGCUCCGGCGACGUGCAGUCGGCGGCGCUGCUGGCGGCGCGCUGCGCGGGCCCCGAGCUGCUGCGCGACGAGCGCCCGCGCGCCUGGCUGGCCGCCUACCGCGCGCUGCUGGACGCCUGGCGCCUGUGGUGGCCGCGCUGCCUGCUGGACACGUGGGCGGGCGGCGCGGCGGGCGCGGGCGCGGGCGUGGCCUGCACCUACUGCGGCAAGCCCGUGGCGGCCGCGGCCACGGCGCGCCCGCGCCCCGCCUUCGCGCGCCUGCCGCCGCCCGCCGCCAAGAUGAAGCAAAUCUCUUCGUGCCCGAACUGCCGCAAGCCGCUCCCGCGCUGCGGCGUGUGCUCGCUGCACCUGGGCACGGCGGCGGCGGGCGGCGCCCCCGCGCCCACCGCGCUCGCCCCGCCCGCCCCCGCGCCGCCGCCCGCCCCCGGCGCGCCGGGCGCCCACUUCGACGGCUGGUUCAGCUGGUGCGUGGCGUGUCGGCACGGUGGACACGCGGCGCAUCUCUUGCAGUGGUUCAGCGAGCACGCGGAGUGCCCGGUGAGCUCGUGCUCGUGCCGCUGCAGCGCGCUGGACCCGCCGGACCCGCCCCCCGCGCCCGCCUGCAACGCGCCGCCCCCGCCCGCCCCGCCCGCCGCGCACGACCCGCCCGCCGCCGACUCCUGA